GUUUAUCCUAUGUAAACAUUAUGAAGGAAGUAUUAAAUAAUACAAUAAGCCAAGCUUAUGAGAUAGAUAAUGUAUCAACUACAGUAGAAAGGGCCUUAUUAGGUUCAACUAUUACUGUUGCUGCUGCUGCUGCUACUACUACUAAACUCAGCUCGUUAAAUAGCAUUGAGAAUACAAUGUUAGAUUUGAACCCAUUUUUUCAUGAUAAAAGGAAAUGGGAUGAUUCGUUUACAGUUGCAGAGAAAAAGCAAUUAACAGGAAAUAUUGUUAAAGCAGCAAGUAACUAUUUAUUUGUAUUUAGAAUAGACUCUAUUUGGGAGAGAAGCUUAUUUUAUUUUAUUUUAUUUUAUUUUAUUUUAUUUUAUUUUAUUUAUUUAUUUAUUUAUUUAUUUAUUUUUUUUACUCACGCUUUAUGUACAUUGUAGAAGAUAAUGAUGGUGAAACAAAUGUUACUUUACAGAAAGAAGAAUUUACUUUACCAAAGUUAUCACAUGAAGAAGAAGAAGACAGCAGUCAGCAAGACAGUGACGAUUUUAUUAGUAUUUAUACUAAAAAGCCAGGUAGGAAGCCAAUGUCUAAUGAAGAAAGUCUUUCAGACUUAGAUCAAGAUCCAAAAAUUAAAAGAAAGGCUCAAAAUAGAGCAGCACAGAGAGCAUUUAGGGAAAGAAAGGAGCGUUAUGUUAAAGAGCUUGAAGCAAGAUUAAAACAAGUUCAAGAUACCUAUUUAAUUGUUACAACUGAACUUGUACAGGAAAAUCAACAACUCCGGGAUGUUAUACAAAGAUUGGAUGCAGAAAACUGUGUAUUAAAAGGAAGUAUUCCAGUCUCUUCUUCUUAUCCGUUCAAUGAGAAUAUCUCGAGUCAAUUUCCAAAUAUGAACCCUCUUUUAUCUAUUACAAAUCAUCCAUCAUCCAUUGCUUCUUUACCUUUUUGUCUUUUAUCAACAACAGCUUCUUCUACUCUAUCAAGUAAUUCUAUAAAAACAUUAGCUAGUAAUGAUCCUUUACAGCCCUAUUCUUCUAUUUCAUCAUCUAUUCAUAUGCAGAAUAAAGACCAUGACCUAUCUUCCUCUAUAACUAAAUCAUUACCAACUAGUCUACCAGUAAAAAAGAUACUAUCAAAACCAUCUUCUUCUUCUUCUACCGCUACUACUACUACUACAAAUCAACCAUUAGAGUAUACAUUUUCAAUUUCUACUCCUGCCUCUUUGAGGCCUACUGAAAGAUCAAAAGCAACAAAACAACCAUCAGAGCCUAUAAAACUUGUUCAAUUAUAUCCUCCAAAUGAAUCUCUACAGAGUAUCAAGUCUAGAAGAAAAGGAAAUAAUAAUGAUAAUGCAACAGUCAUGAAAAAGUCAUUACCAAACAAAACAGUUUCAAUAACUAAUGGUACAAAAAAGGAAGUUAUGAAUCAUAAUAAAGAAGCAGAUAAAAUUCAUAAUAUGAAUGAUAAUCAAAUGUUUACCACCAACAUAGCAUCCUCUUCUAAUAAUAUAAUUCUGCAGGAUAAUACAAGUAGUAUCAAUCAUGAUAACUUCACAACGCAUUCACAAUAUAAAGGAAUGCAACAACUUGAAUCAAGCAUGUUAGAUUGUCAUAUUGAUAUAGAACGGCAUUUGUUUUGUGAAAAAUUACGAUAUGAAGUCUGUGGGGGUCAAUUGGAUCCAUUAUCAGAUCAAAAGGGAAAGUUAAAUAAAUCAAUUCCAACACAACAUGACCCCCUUCAGCCAUUCUUGAUAAUGAUAAUGAAGGCUUAAUGAUAAAUAUCGAAAAGAAGAAUAAAAGCCAACGAUUAUUAACAUCAACUGAAAUUUGGUAUGCUUUAAAUCAACAUGGCCAGUUUCAUAAAUUUACUAGAGAUGAGCUUUGUCAAGCUAUAAAGAAAUUAGCAAGAUGUACUUACAACGGUCCUGUGAUUAAAGAAGUUGAUUUUUAUCAAAUCAUAUCUAAAAUGGAUGAAGGUCAUCUUUAACAUUCCAUAUCAAUAUUGACAGGAAAAAAAAAGCCUCUCUCUCUCUCUCUCUCUUCUAUUAUAUAUUAAAUUUUGCAACAAGUUACUUUCUUAAAUAAAAUUAAAUAUUUACUAU